CGACUGAUAAAUUAUUCAAGAACAGAGUGGCGUUAGUAAGGCGUAAAACUUCUAAACGAACGGUUCGAAAUGUCUUCCGUGCCGGGUGUGGAAAAGCGACCUUCCGUAUAUGAACAGUACGUUACGACACUGGAACCAAAGUAUCGGGAAAAUGCGCGUCUGGAGCUGCACGAGGACGAUAACACCCGGGGGCCGGCCUUGGCCCAGAUGCGUGAGUUCAUUGCGAAACAUCCGCAAAUUAUUCGCUGUCGAACCGAUUCCGUGUUUUUGCUGCGGUUUCUACGCUCGCAGAAGUUUAAUGUUUUGGCUGCCCAAAGGAUGCUCGAAAAAUGGCUCGAAGCCGGUCACCUUGGUUACGAAUUUUUCGUAGAAAUCGAUCCGUAUCGGUUGGAACCAUUAAUUGACAGAAAUAUCGUUGUUCCACUGGGUGCUGAUAACCAGGGACGGCUGGUACUGGUAACUCGAUUUGGUCGGUUUGAUAGCAAGACCACCUCACCAGAGGAGCAAACCCGAUUGAUCAGUCUCUCGUUGGAAACUUAUCUGGAUACGGAGAUUUACCAAGUUACCGGUCUGGUUAUCAUAUUUGACUUUCAAGACGCAACUAUGGCCCAUUUUGGAAUCUGGACGAUUCCCAAACUAAAGGUAAUCAUCAAUGCACUGAAUGACAUUCUAGCAUUCAGGAUCAAGGAGAUACAUUCAGUGCAGCUACCCAAGUUUGCCGCAAUGAUCGCUGAUUUCUGUAUAGCGGGUCUGUCGGAAAAAUUACAGCGUAGGAUCAAGGCAAGUGUCUUCACUUUUAUAAAUUUUUACUAA